CCCCCCCCUUCCCCCAAUCCCAACCAUCCCAGCCAGCCAAACCCCCAAGCAUCCGUCAAGGCCCAGCCCAAGACGGUCCAGUCCAGUCCCAGUCCCAAUCCCAAUCUCGAUCUGCGACUCCGACCCGUCCAACCUAACCUUCCGUCCCCCUACCUUACGGCCACUACCACUACCUCUACCUACUAUCCUCAACACCACUACCACAUCGCAAUCUCCAACCCUUCCCCAUCACGUCCACGUCCACGUCCACGUCCCCAUCUCCCCAUCUUCAAACCCACACGCAAAUGCACGUUUGAAUGCCGAACUCACCUGUCGCCCACUCCAACCUUCGCGAUCUUUGUUCAUGUCCUUGGGCGGCGUUGCCACUCACAUGGCGCAGUCUCAUGGACCCCUCUCCAGGACGAACACCGCGCCUGUCUUCAAUUCUCGAAGCGCCAACAAUGGCAUCCCGGGGUUAGGCCAUACCAUGAGCCACAGCUCGCGAUCUUCCCAACUGUCUGGAUCCACGGCCUAUACGUCUGCAUCCUCGACAUCGAUAUCCUCCAUGUCCAGCUCGGCCACUCUCGUACCACCUCCCCCGACCCCGACCCAGAUGGCUCAGAACGGCGGGAAUGUCGUGGCAACGAAUAACAUCAUAAACCAACGGGCCGACGCAUCGAGGUCUCUGUACCAGAUAUGUGUGAAUCUACGGCAGAGAUUGGCAACCGUGCCCGACUUUGAUACCCAUCUGAAUGACUCGGAUUCGGAGGAUGAGGGGGAGGAUAUGGACCCGGUAUCCUCGCUGUGGAGGUGCCUGCGGAAAGGGACGCCGUUGAUGACCAUAUACAAUUCCUUGAAACCGCCGGAGCCACUGAAGAUUGAUGAGAAAAUACCAGAGGCAAAGAGGCCGAAGAUUGCGGCCUUCAAAUUCGUAGAAGCAUGUCUGAAAGGGGACCUGAAACUGCCUCCUGGGGAGUGCUUUUCUUUACAGGAUUUAUUCGGUGACGAUACGACGGGUUUCGUAAAGGUCACCCAAGUUAUAAAUAUUGUUCUCGAUGUUGCAGAACAGAAAGGAAACCUCCUGACAUCCGAAAAAGACGACGCGGUACCAGCAGCUGCCAUGGCAGGAUCUCAGAUGAGCUACAGAGAUCAUGUUGUUCGAGAACUCGUGGAUACAGAGCGCAAAUAUGUUCAGGACUUGGAGAACCUUCACGAACUGAAGAAGACGAUAGAGCAGAAGGGAGUGAUACCUGGGGACGUGGUCCAUGAUAUUUUCCUCAACAUUAACGCGAUACUGGAUUUUCAAAGGAGAUUUCUCAUAAAGAUUGAAACAACAAACUCCCAACCGGACGAUAGACAGGAAUGGGGUUUGCCAUUCACCAACUAUGAGGAAGCAUUUGGGAUCUACCAACCUUUUAUUGCGAACCAGAGGAAAGCAGCAGCUAUUGCCAAAAGAGAAUUCGACAAGAUUGCUUUGGCAGAUCAUCCAGUGGUUGUAGACUUCAAUACGCUGGACGGAUUUCUCCUCAAACCGAUGCAGCGUCUGGUUAAGUAUCCCUUGUUACUGAAGGAUUUAAGGGACAAAACAGGUGCAAGCGACGACACGAAGGCAGAUCUAACCGCCGGAAUCGAAGCGUCCAACAGGGUUCUUAUGCAAGCCAACUCAGCCGUUGACCGAGAACUUAGGGCAGAGGCGUUGGAAGACUUGUGUGCGCGAGUGGAUGAUUGGAAGAAUCAUAGGGUUGAUCACUUCGGGGACUUGCUGCAGCAUGGGCAUUUCCCUGUGGUGACGGGCAAGAGCGACGUUCAAAAAGAAGUACGCCCCCUUUUUAGUUUUGUUCAGAAUUUGUCUUCACUCGGGGAGAUGAGAGCAUCUCUAGACUUAAAGCGCAAGGCGACUUUGUCUUCUAGACAGCGCUCGUUUACCAGUCAAAGCACAGCCAUCAGCGGGAGCUCUGUCACCAGUCCAGGCUCCUUCAGUUUGCAAUUCCCUACCCUGAGCUCCUCUGCUCAAGCUGAUGACCAAAUUGAUGAGGAAGGCUCAAAGCGCAAGGCGUCUUUGUCAUUAUCUUUGUCCUCCAGACUGCGCUCCUUCACGAAUCAAAGCACCCUCACUAUCCAAACUUCGUUCAACAGUCAGAGCUCCCCAGCAAGUCACAUUGAAGAAUUUGAAGAAGGAUCGCCGAGGCGCAAGGCGGCCAUCUCCUCCCAACACUCCCGACAGAAUUCAUUGACCAAUAUCGGUGAGGAGAUUGAGGAGGAGCCCUCGGAGAUCCCUGCGAACUGGGAAGCAGUCUCUCUAGACCAACCAGCCUCUGCAAAUGAAGAGCUGCGCGGUCCUGAAGAGGCUAUGGACCACUUCUUUGCCAACAUGCUCUUUCAUCAAUUUACUGGCAAUAAUCCUGCGACAGGCGAACCCUUCUUUGCAAGUACAUAUGCUGACGAAGCGGGCAUUGUUUGCCCACAUUACGAACAGUACACGAUUUACCUUUUUGAGAGAAUCCUUCUUUGCUGCAAAGAAGUCAAUCCGAAUAAAUCGAAGGACAAACUAAUGGGGGCGCAAAAGGAUAAGAAGGACAAGAAGGACAAGAACAAAAAUAAGGAACCCAAUAAGAAUGCCAAGCUUCAACUCAAGGGGCGAAUCUUCAUGACCAACGUGACGGAGGUCAUGUCGUUAGCAAAGCAAGGCUCUUACACCGUGCAAAUUUUCUGGAAAGGAGAUCCUGGAGUUGAGAACUUCAUCAUAAGAUUCUCAAAUGAGGAAACCAUGAGGAAAUGGUAUGAAGGCGUGGAUGGACAACGAAAAGCCCACGCUAGCACCGUCCAGGCCGGAAGCAGUCCGGAUGCACCACCAGCGGACUUUGCGUGGAUGCGAGAUCAGACUGCCCCCAUUCCCAACCCCUAUGCCCAGCAAGAGGACGACGAUGACGAUGAUGAAUACAGCUUACCUCAAUCGGCACCAGUGCCAAACUCAACGUAUCCAGGACCUGUCCCUGGGAUGGCUCGAAAUUCUUCCAGCACAAGUCUUCGAUCGAGAGCUGCGACGGGCGAUAGUGGCCCAUCACUUGUCAGCAUCGCAAGGGCACCACCACCUCGCUUCCCAAUGGGUGGGAUGCAGAACCCGCCUCUGAGCUUGCAAACACAGCUUGCAACUCAAAUGCCUUCCCCCGGUCAAAGGGGAGGAGAUUCUUACUUCUCUCCGGUUGCUGAGUCACCAGCAUCCUCAAGGACAAGCACAACCUCUUCAAUGUUCCCAUUCCCACGACAAGGGACACCGCAGAGUGGAUGGGAACCAGCUGAUUACAACAGAUACACCGCACCAGCGGGACCUCGGGCACCUUCAAGAGGCAGCCAAAAUCCCGCUGAUGCAUAUCAGAUGAAUGGCCGUACUCCACAACGGCCUUCCCUUCCUGCCAUGGCUUCACAAUCCGCUCAGCAAACUGCAGCGCAACAGAGAAGUCGUUCUUACAGCACUCCAGACAUCAAUGCUCAAAACGGAACUCGACGACUUCCUAAUGGAUCUAUCAGCGGUCCGGUACCCGCUGUUCCGGGUAUUCCUGCGCAUCUUCACCCAGCUUACGACAAUGGUAUUCCCAGAUCUCAAAACAACUCUCCUAACGGGUUGCCGAUGAGAUCCAAUACCCAGUCUCCUGGGGCACAGAGGGAGCGGCUGCAGCAAAAUUCGCAAUAUGGGAAUGCACCCCAAUAUGCCCGGAGCAAUACAACUCAGUUUCCUUCUACAAUGCAGGAUAGCCGAGCAUUGUCACCUCCCCUCGGCAGUGCAAGAUCUGGAGAUAGCGACAUGGGUCUUCCCACUCAACUGAAGGUCAAGGUCAAUUGUGACGGGAAUUAUGUGACUUUGGUGGUGGCCUUCAACAUCACCUACCAAUCACUUGUGGACCGCAUCGAUGCUAAAGUGGGAAGAUUUUCCAACAAUGCAAUCGCUCAAGGGACCAUGAGACUUCGAUAUCGGGAUGAGGACGGAGAUUUUGUCACUAUCGAAUCGGACGACGACAUUCAGAUCGCCUUCCAAGAAUGGCGCGAGUCGCAGAAGCAACAAUACCACCAAGGUCAGCUCGGAGAAAUCGAGCUUUUCUGUCUCAGUGUGGAUAACUAGCAUUUUCGAAUCAAAGAAGGAAGACUUUUGUCUGCGCUGUUCAAUUCUGCAUGGGCGGUGCAAUCAUUGCUGGUGCAAGGAAGAUUAUCAUCUGGGCUACAUGCCACACUUAACAUUACUCUGCCGACAGACCCCUUUCCAGCAUUCUGGGGCGGAGAGACACGACGACAUAUGAUAUUUGCAAUUUUAUUUUCUGGGACAGGACACAUGACAUUGGGAGGGGUGUUUCAACUUGCGCUGGGCUUGCCUGCUUUUACCCUCUUUUGUUUCUGUUUUCCCCAAGUACGUUCGUUGAUUUUGCGUUUGUUUUGUUUGAAAGAAUGAUAUCGGAUCAUAUCAGAUUUUGCGAGGGGAUUUGGCUUCUACGAGGGCGUUUUUGAUAGGCGUUUUGGUAUUUUUUCUUUUCUUUCUUCUCUACUCCUUUUGUGCCCUCUUACUAUGGAUUCUCUCUCUCUCUCUCUCUCUUCUCGGUUGCCAGAUGACUGAUGGGAGUUGGUUCAUUCUCGGCGCUGAAACUUUCCCUUCUUCCUUGGCUACUUUACUGCCCGCGAGCGAUAGAAACUGUGGUCGGCGACGAAACUUUGUUCGAUACCUCAUGGAUGGAUGAAUGGAUUUGUGGAUGGUCGGGUGUUGUAGAGAUGGAGCAUGGACUGGGCAAUGGAGUAAGUGUGCAAGUGAGCGUGGUGGAUCGAAUCUGUCUGUGUGCGUAUGCGUGUGCAUGGGGGAAGGCAAGAGACUAGCCAAGUCAGUUGAGGAAUGGAAAGUACGGCUUGGGGGGAUAUAUCCAACGGGGAGAGUACGCGGCAUCGAGGAAGAGCCGAUGGGAGCAUGCACAGAAGAGAUACCGUCCCGGACACACUCCACAUUGUGACACUUGGUCGAGGGAUGAUAAGAGUCGAGUCGAGUCGAGUCAAGUCAAGUGGAGAGGGUAGCAGAGGAGAGAGGAGAGCAGAGAUUUAGUUAGAUAUUGGGUCGAUGGAUGGAUGGGAACAAAGGAGCGUGCGAGAAAGCGAGCAUUGAUGGAGCCAGGUACUGGGUUUAGAUGAGAUGGAAUUGGAAUUGGAAUUGGAAUUGCAAUUGAAUCGCCGGCUUGCUUGGCCUAGUUAGCUACGGUGCAUAGGAAUUGAAUUGAAUUGAAUUGAGUUUAAG